AUGAGACUUACCGAGGUCCCGUGCCGAACGGGUCUCGCGAUCCUCGCGUUGUUGAUACCCGCCACGGCCUGGACGAGUCCUCCUACGACGAGACACUACUACGGUUCGUUCGCGUCAUUCUCACGAGGGCCGGGUAAACACCGUGCACUGGUCGAGCGUGGGGCAACCAGCAUCGAUGUCUCGGUAUCAACCCAGGAUCAGCCCGUACUGUUGGAUUCGGAAACGCUUUUGGCCGCCGCCGAAUCCUUUAUGCAAACCAGCACGGGGUACUAUUCGGCUUUGGACGAGGAUCGUCUGGCCGAUGAUUUUGUCUUUCGCGGGCCCGUAAUUGGACCCUUGGGCAAGCACGACUACGCACGCGUGCUGGAGUACUUUGCCGUUUACCGGGCACUACCAGACGUGGCGCCCAACGCCUUUGGCUUUAGUGUGGAUCCCGAAGAUCCCCGCCGCGUUUGGUUUCUCCUCCGCGCCACGGGCACGUACCAGCAGUCCCUGGGUGGCGCUUUGGGGAACUUGGCGGCGACCGUCACACCGCCCGACCAACGGCAGUACCGUGGCUCGACCGAAGUUUGGAGUGUGACUUUCAACGAACGUCUCCAAGUGCGGUACCUCUCGGCGGGCUACGUCGCGGACUUGUACGAACCCAACGCCACUACGGGUGGCCGCGGAUUGACAUUUGGGGUACUGGCUUCUCUCGGCCUCCCUUUACCAGCCGGUGUAGGAUCUCCCGUUCUGCAAGUGGUGCAGAAAGUUAGCAGAUUUUUGGCCGGAACCGGUAUCGUUCCCUUGCCAUAUUCCUCAGCGGACAACGUUCCAUCCUGGUGGAAGAGUGACAAGUUUGGUGCCUGA